AUAGUCUAUAAAUAGAAUUAAAGUAUCUGGCUGAUUGAGUUUAAUUAUAGUUGGUUAAGCGGAAGUAAAACUAUAAACUGAAAGAGUAAAAAAAUCAGGGAAUCGAAAUAUGACUGAAACACAUGCAAAUAUUAUAACUCUCCUCUCCAAACCUCAUCUUAACAAGGGGCGAUAUGCAGUCAGUAUUGAUGCAACAAGCAAAGACGAUCCAGGAGCUAUCAUAGAAAAAAGAAGAGAUGAGAAACUGGAAUAUAUAGAGGAUCAUGUAAUGACAGGUGGAGGAUGUUCUCCACAAAUAGAGCUCCAUUUAAACAGAGGAAAGUGUAAAAUACAAAUAUUGAUAUCCGGCGCAUUAAAACCCUCAGCUAAGCUCGAAAAGGGAGAAGAUGUUCUAGUUUUUAACGAAGCUCAAGGGGAGUGUAGAAAAAUUUUGAGCUUGAUUCCUGUAUACGACGGUUCCGAGGAUGACACAGCUACGAUUAAGUUCAAAGUCGACGAUGAGAUCAAACAUACGGUACACAUUCAUGAAAUACCGACUGAGAAGAGUCAGGAUCUUAGCCAAAGCCUGAAAAGUACACGAAGCGCUAAUUCCAGUAUUAAUGAUGCCAGUUUUCGUACGGCGCCAGAGAGUAUGGCGUCAUCGAGUUCCUCUUCAGAUUUUACAGACGAGUCUACUUUAAUGCAAGGUUCUGUCAGGCAAACAAGGGUCUCAACAUCAGGAGGUGAAUCUGCAAGGUCAAAUCUAUGUGCUGAUCCGGUUCCACCAAAGGAUUCAGGCCUGGAUGAUGCGGUCGGCGGUAUGCGUUUAAGUGAUAAUGCACCAGGACCAACAGUGGUUCCGCAGGAAGAUCCAGCUUAUGACAAGAUUUUGCUAGACGACUCUCUAUUGGCUCUGAUUGGUGGGCUUUCACCUAGCGACGCAAGCUUGUUGUUAACGAGUCUACUAGUACCAACACAUAUACAAGGCCAGAGUCGUUUUAAUAACAGCCAAAAUAUUGUGGCGGCAAAUUUUACAUCUCUGAAACAUUGGAAAUCAAAGAAAACAUCGAGGAAAGAUUUGCCGGACACAACCAACCGACAGCUGUGUGAAGAUUUGAUCACAGCGCUUGAAGGCAUCGGAAGGAAAGACAUUGUUCGACUUAUAAAAUUGAAGUUACAGGCAAAUAAGGCGCUAGGGCAUGAUGAUUUUAGUGACCUUUGAAAUAGCAUCAUUUGAGUAAUAUUUGCAACACUUUUUUUCCAUUUUUCUUUUUAACCUGUAUACAUUAAAAUAAUUAAUUGUUUUUUUUUAGUUCAUUUCUGAUCUAUUAAAGAAUGUUAACUUUGAUUUGCCAUUGUACGCCUGAUCUCAAUUUAUGAAACUUACACAUUAACUUGAGAAGUCGAUUUUUAUUAGACUUUUGUGGUGUUUAUGUAUAAAAUUUGCAUGUUUAAGAGAUUAUUUUUGUUAGGCAUUUGUGAUGUUUUAUAUUUUUACAUUUUCUCUUUCAUACAAUGUACUAACCAUUUUUUAAAUUGAUACAUUGAUUUUUUUACCUAGGAAAUCACAAAUCAUCUAUUGAUCGAUAGUACUAUUGGAAAUUCAUAAAUUCGUUUUUAUUUAAUAUCAAAUCAAUGUAAUUCUACAGAAGUUACAAAUAUUUUGGACAAGUUGUAUGACCGUGAAUAAAAGAGUUACAAAUUUUAUUAGGUCAUAUAACUUGCAAAUAUUUUAACUUAGAAUAUAUCUAUUUUUAAUAUUUAAAUACAUUUUGUAAAUACUCGUAUUUAUACAAAGGUUUACCAAGAUAUUGUUAUGUUUUAAAGGCACAUGCCUAAGAAAUGAAUAUUUUCUCAUUCUGUAGAAAGUGUAAAUGUGUGUUAUAUGAUAUUUUAAUAAUGGAGUUAAAGGCACGUUAUGUCUUAAAAAUGAAUGUUGUUUUUUUUUUCUUUCUUUACAAAGGGCAAACAUAAGUUUUAUAACGUUUAUAUAAUAGUUUAUUAGAAUGUUAAAUGUUUAUUGAUUGAAGAAAAUGGCAUUGAAACUGAAACUAUUAAAAAAUUUGUCGUAAACGUCGGAAAGUGUAAACAAAGUAGUAUUUUGACUCCCAUAAAUGCUAAAUCACUAUAAUUGUUAUAAUUGCAAUACUGUAACAGAAGCAAUAAACUGUUUCAGGUAAAAGACCAAUUAGUAUCUUUCUGGAAACUAUAACAGGACACCAAAAAUAAAUAGAGGAUAUUUGUAAGAUCGGAAUAUAUUUCACCGAGUUAGCACCAAAAGGUAUAUUUCACGAGUGUCGCAGCCGAGAGUGAAAUGUGAACUUUUGGUGUUCACGAGGUGAAAUAUAUUUCGAUCUGACACUAAACUAAACAAAUUUUCUUUUUAUUAUAUGCAAACAAACGUUAAAAAGGACAUUUUUACCUAAUACUAAAUGAAUAGCGCGCAAAAUAAUUAUACAACUUAAGUUGUUUUCCGCUGGUAUUUCACUGAAACAACGUAAGGGGCUUUAAUUCAAAACAGUGAAAUUAUCAAAUUGAUAAUUUCACUGUUUGAAACAGUGAAAUUAUCAGUUUUAAUUCACUGAUAUAUUUCUAUAAACCAUCGAAAAGCAUGUAAUAAAAAUAAACGUUUGGGAAUCAACAGGGGAGAGGAUUUAUUGGGAAUAAUGGGCCUUUUAAACAUGUGAGAUACUUAUAACCUGAAGAAAAUAGUGUUGAAUGGAAAAUAUUUGUGAUAUAGGUAGCGAAACGUAAACAAAUUGGUUUGUUGACUUCUACACAAAAUAUACAAUCACUAAAACCGUACUCAUCGUAAAAUUGAAAGAGAAGCAUAUGGCCAAUGCGUAACUUUAUUGACACUGUAACAGUACAACUAAAAAUAAAAAGUUUUUGAGAAAUAAAAAUGAUGCAUAACGUAAUGGGCCUUUGAACCGUAUUCCUGUGUAAUCUCUACACUAUGUCAUUUGUUAUUAAAGUCAUACACCAUUUAAUUAUGUUUCAGUUGCAGCCAAGAUCAUGUGAGCAAAUUUAUGGCUUUGCGCCUUUGGUAUACUGCAUUUAGAAAACAUAUAUUACUUAAUGUCCCAUUUAUACUGUUUAUAAUAAGUUUGAUUUUUGGAAUUUCGUCCCUUAAUGGAGGACCUGCCAGAAAUGAUCAUUUUACUUGCCUUUAUAAGGUGAUAUGUAUACCGGUGAUACAAAGGUCAAUGAAUAGAUACCAACUUUGAGUGCAUGGUUGUAGAACAACGCACGGUUCGAGUUCAAAUGCGUAGGAAUAUAAUUACGGGCGCCGAAAGGCCCGAGUGAUUAAUCACAAAGCAUUUGAACUAUAUAUAAACCGUGCAUUAUUAUACAUUGUAUUAUAUUUCAAGAAAGAAUUAAUUCUAAUUUUCUGACAUGGUAACAAAAAAGAAUUGAUAAAAAUAUGACGAGCGAACAAGUUACUUUCCUAGCGUUAUUUUGUUUAUUGACGUCAUAUCUUAUGUGUAUUCAUUCCAUUAUUCCAUUUUUAUGCUGUGCAUAUAUCAUAUAAUAUAAUGACUGAUAGGGGAUAUUGUAUAUUGUAUUUAUAUUUGUAAAUAAAUAUAAAGAAUACAUAUAUCAAAGAA